GUGGAGCGCGAGCCCUCGCGUAGCACCGCCGCCUCGGGCACCUCCUCGCGCACGUGCACGUCGCCCGACCGGCGGGACGCGGAGAGGCGGCGGCGCGCGGGUGCGCGGGCGAGGCCGUCGUCGGCGCGCAGGAACGUCCCGCGGCGCCGGCGGCUAUCGGGCCGGUCGAGGGGCGGGUCUGCCAGGAGACCCGCGCGCGGCGACCGCCGGAAGGCCCCCGCCGCCGGCAGCGCGGCCCCCGCCGCCCCCCGCCCGGAGCGCCACAGGCAGCCGGAGAAGCAGCAGGCUCCGUCCAAGCCUCGGAACCCGAAGGUGAGGAGCGGGAGCAACAAG